CGUCGGCUUCUCAUCCAGGGCAAGUACAGCAGUUGCCUGCCUGCAUUCCCUUAAAGUAAGCCUUGCUCUCCCUUGCCUCAUUCCCACGACGCUUCCACGUUCGUCUUUGCCCGGUUUCUCUACAAGUCCUUCUGCCAUUCACUUGGCGAUCUACGGAUACCCGCGACCCAUCGCUUGCUCAUCAUGUCUUUCGAACCAUACGUCGAUGGAGGCCACUUGAUCCUCUCUCCAAGUGGCCACUACAUUCCCGCCGAUACGCUGCAAAGGGAAUAUCACGUCGAAGUUUUCCGAUAUGCCUUGAUCGCCAUCUACGCCAUGUACCUCUGGGAGUGGAUCGUGACCCUGCACGAAGAGGUGGCGAGAUGGAAGGAGUUGCUCAAGGGCCAAUUCUUGCCCGUCAACAUCUGCCUGCUGGUCUCCCGCUAUUCCACCAUUGCUGCUCUUGUCGCUUCAGCCGUCGUCUUUUUCGGCGACUCUGUGCCGAACUGCCAAGCUGGUCUAAAUCUGGUCUACGUCUUCUUCCAGCCAGGUCAAAUCUGCCACGUCAUCAUCUCCGUGCUCCGAGUCCAUGCCUUGUCCAACGGAUCAAAUCAAAUUUGGCGCCCUCUUUCCGUGCUCGGCUUCGUCACCUGCGUCAUUUGGAUUGCCGCGAUUCCCUUCUUCAAGGCUGGUCCAGUCGAGCCGGCCAUGGCGGUCCACUACCAGCCUGUUUGCCAGCCUCUUCCAUCACCCGCGUUCCGUGUGAUGGGCUGGGGUGCAGCGGCUGGAUUCGACAUUAUCAUGUACGUCGUGUCAACCAUGCUCAUCUCUUCGCGCCUCCUCAGCGCAUUCAGUCCUAAGGCCAAGCGAUUCAUGCACGACACCACCACUUUCCUGUUCUUGGUCUCCAUCACUGCCAACUUGUCUUGCUUCUUCACCAUCCUUUUCUACAAGAACCUCAUUCUGGCCAACGUGCCCAUCCCUAUCCAAUUCGUGCUCAAUUCGGUCGUCGCUACUCGUAUCGUCUUGCACACGGACGUUUGGAUGGACAGAGGCAAGACUGGUCUGCUCGUCUUGCCCCGCUCUACCGACAUCAACCACAGAGGCUUGGGCCCCGCAGGCAAGCCGUACUCGGAGAACGAUAUUGCGAUCGCGUUGGGCGGCGCACGCGCUGCACCUCGCGCGAGUCAAGCGUCUGCCGGGUACGUCGAGGGUGGAGGAUUCGAGGCACCGUUCAUCGACAGGCCAUACGACGGUCACAGGAGGGGUAGCAACAGCAAAGUCGAGGGUGCUUUGCGCUUCUUCAACCGACGCGACGCUUCUCACACCACUUUCCACCACGGUCACCCCCUGACACCGAGGACGGACAGGAGCGCGGAAGAUGCUAGCGUGGAGGUGAUGAAGACCGACGAAGCGGGCGCACCCUCAUUCAUCAUGGAGACCACGCCCACUUUCGUUCCGGCCGACUCGCCCCCCACACGGCAUAUUCGUCCUAGCACGGCUACGUCCAGCAUCCGCAACUUUGGUGGCGACGAGCGAGAGCGCCAAACUUCUGGACACUCUUCGCAACCCUCGCGAUCGGGCGCGCAGUCAGUUCCGGCGCGCGACAAUGACGGAAGGCUGCGCAUCACGACUGAGAUUCUCACCACGCGAGAAUGAUGCGAUGAAUUAUUGCGUUUCGUCCUACUUAACACUGGUCCUUUGCAGCGCUUGCUCGCUUUUCGCUUCUCUCUGCCUCCCUGUCAAGCGCGAUGCACGCUGCUCAAACACCCAACAUAAUCUCAUUCCAGACGUAUCACCACGACCCGCGUUGCUCGAUCUCUUGUAUUCUAUCAUCGUGCCUGCUGCCACAUUUAAAGAUGCGUCUGCCGUCUCUUGGU